AAGUUUUAUGGAGCAACAGCAGAUCACAGCUUGGAAUGUUAAGGGAGCUGUCGUGAACGGAGUUGUACAGGCAAUUGAUUACGAAAAAAUUUUGGUUCAAUUUGGUUCACAGCUUUUAACUCCCCGUUUAAUUGAAAGAUUCGAGAAGCUCACUGGCCGUAAAGCUCAUCAUUACAUGCGUAGAGGCAUAUUUUAUUCUCACAGGGAUUUCGACAAAAUACUUGAUCUUUACGAGCAAGGCAAGAAGUUUUACCUCUACACAGGGCGUGGCCCUAGUAGUAAAUCUUUGCACGCCGGCCAUAUGAUUCCAUUUAUUUUUUGCCAAUAUCUACAGGAAGCUUUUGACGUGCCAAUAGUAAUUCAGAUGACUGAUGACGAAAAGUUUUUGGUUAAUAAUAUGACAAUGCAGGAAGGAGCGCUUUGUUUGAAAAAUAACGUCAAAGAUAUUAUCGCUUGCGGCUUUGAUUUAAAGAAAACUUUUAUAUUUUCUAAUUUUCGUUAUUAUAGUGGACUUCUUCCCAACAUUUUAAAAGUUAAUAAAAGAUUAACCGUCAAUGACUCCAAUAAGGCUUUUGGCUUUAGCGAGCUAGAUUGCAUCGGAAAGUUUGGGUUUCCCGCUGUGCAGAUGGUGCCGUGCUUCAGCGACUCUUUUCCUCAUAUUUUUGGCGCCAGCAGUAGUGUUCCCUGUUUGAUCCCAUGCGCAAUUGAUCAGGAUGUUUACUUUCGACUGUUGCGCCGGGUGGUGGCGCCUCAGCUUAAGUACAAGAAACCGUCCCUCCUUCAUUCAAAGUUUUUUCCUGCCCUUCAGGGAGCGCAGACAAAAAUGAGUGCUAGUGUUUCUAGUUCUUCGAUCUUCUGUGACGACUCAAUGGAAGUGAUUGAAAAAAAGAUCAUGGAAGGUGCUCAGUGUGAGAAUGUCGACACCUCUGAUGAUACGAAAGUUACUAAUAACGUUGUUUUUACAUAUCUGACUUUCUAUAUGGAGGAUGAUCAAAUGCUUGAUAAAAUUAAAGCGGAUUACAGUGCUAAGCUUAUCUCUAAAAUGGAGCUUAAAAAAAUUCUCGUCACUGUUCUUCAAGAAUUUUUUCUUAACUUUCAGCAGAAGCGAAAAACUGUAACAGAUGAAUUGGUCGAACAGUUUAUGACCGUCCGAGAAAUGAAAUUUGAUUAAGUUCUAUGGUAUAUCAAUGCAUAAUACUCGGAAUUUAG